GCCGUGCCAGCACAACGUGAGAACUCCGUGGCGGCUUGCGCGACGCUGCCACGAGAGGGGACAUGCUACCGCGCCGCUUUCUCUCUCUCUCUCUCUCUCUAGAGCUCCGUCACUCUUUUAAACCCCAGAGGCCCAGAGGACAUCAUCGUCAUCCAUCACUAGCUCGGAGCAGAGGAGGAGCAGAAUCUGUUCGUCCCUUCCCCGAGAGGCAACCUACCACGCUAGCUAGCGAGCGAGCUGCCGGGAUGCUGAUGCAGCUCUCCGGCGGCGGCCGCCGGAGCAUGGUCCUGCCGUGGCUCGCCGUGGUGGCGGCGGCGGCCGCGCUGGCCGCCGCCCCGCGCGGGGCGGAGGCGUACCGGAACUACACCGUCGGCGACGACAAGGGCUGGUACGACGGCCUCACCCUGCCCGGGGUCGACUACCAGGCCUGGGCCGACGGCAUCAAGAACUUCAGCCUCGGGGACUUCCUCAUCUUCAACACGGACAAGAACCACUCGGUGGUGCAGACGCGGAACGGGACGCUGUACAAGAGCUGCGACUACAACGACUCGGGCCCCGACGACACCCUCGAGUGGUCCGCCGCCGCGCCGGAGUUCACAAAGGACGCCGUCACCGUCGCCGUGCCGCUCCUCAGGGAGGGCCGCACCUACUUCUUCUCGGGCAACUACGACGGCGAGCAGUGCGAGAACGGCCAGCGCUUCGCCAUCGACGUCGCGCACGGCCAGGGCCUGCCGCCGGACCUCAGGCCGCCCGCCGCCGCCGCCGCGCCCGCGCCCUCCGCCGGGCCCGCCGACGGCGCCGCCGUGCUCGACUUCAGCCACCCCAAGAACGUCACCACGCCCAGCGCUUCGGACGACGACGACCGCGAGAGCGGCGGUGAUGGAGACACCUCGGGCGCCGGCCGGACUCUGGCCGGGAUCGGCUCCGGCCUGGCCCUGACGACGCUGGUCGCCACCGUGCUCCUUGCAGUGUAGUAGGUUAGUUUCUCGUUUUAGUGACGCCUGAUGUAUGUGAUUUGUUGUUGUAAUGUGUUUACUACUAGUCAAAGUAGAAGGGUUUCUACAAGGUGACAUGUUUUAGUUAGUGAAGUGCUUUCACUUGUACAUUGUGCAAUUUCUUUGAUAUGUACUGGGUUUGCUAAAUAAUAAUAAUUCCAUUCUUUGGAUCGACCAAACUC